AUGAAGAAAUUUGUUUCUUCUAUGGUUCACCUCAAAAUAUCAACUUGCGAACACCAUUCCAAAGUAAUACAUUGUCCAGUAUGUGGAGAAAGUAUUUGUUUAAUGUGUUUUGAACAGUCAGUAGAAGUUAAUGGGAGAUGCCCUUUAUGUAAACAACUAAUCCCAACCCAUGAUUUGAAACAAAUUAAAAACCUUGCUUCUGGAAUGAGUCCUUAUUCUAUGGGGAAAGGCUGUGACUCUCCAAGAAUCAAGGAGAGUGAUUAUCAUGCAUCACCUCAGUCUUUCGUAUUUGAUAUUCCAACAACAAAUAAAACAAUUACUUUUACUUAUGAAAAAGGGUCUGGUUCACAAAUAAUAAGAUAUGCAACACUUGAAAAAUGUUUACAGUUUAUCACAUCUUGUGAUAGUUCUGAUAUUUUUUUUUCGGAGUGUUUUAUUCUUGUUCAUCCAUUAGUAGUAAGUAGUUCUAAACUUAUGGAAUUAUUAAUUAUCCGAUUUAAUCCUACACACCCACAAGGAAUUAGUUUUGAGACAUUUUUACAUAAAGUAUUAAUUCCAACUCGAUUAAAAGUGAUGGGUUUACUUAGAAUGUGGAUUCAAAAUCGAAAGUUUGAUUUUGAAAAUGAAAAACUUUAUGAACAACUUGAUGGGUUAAUGAAAAAAAUUUGGGCAUUUAAACCAAAUUUAGCUCAUGCAAUUCAAGUACAAAUUGAUAAAGAAAUUGAAAGUCCUAAAGAACCUAAAUUAAUGAAACAAAAAUCAAUUUCAUCUAUUGAUUGUUCUAUUUCACCUCGUGAAUAUUUUGGAACAAAUUCUACUUUAUCUAUCAGGUCUUGUCAAGGUUAUGAAUCAAAAGUACCUUCUAUUUCAAUUAAAUCUGACAGAUAUUCAAAAAGUUCAUUUUCUUCAUUAAGUAGGAAAAAAAUACAAUGGUUUAUUACAGAUUUUAAUGAAGAAAUUCAAAGUAUAAUUCAUACUUUAUUUUGUUUUUCUCCACUUGACUGUGCUAAACAAUUAACAUUAAAACAAAUGGAAUUAUUACAAAAGAUUGAAUUAGAUGAAUUUUUAAAACAAGGAUGGAUGAAGAAAGAAAAAGAAAACCUUGCACCAAACUUAUUAAAAAUGGUAAGGUUUAGUAAUAAUAUUAUUAAUGUUGUUCAAAAAAAAAUACUUGAAUUAGAACAAAAUUAUGAAAGGGCUUUUGCUAUUCGUUAUUUUAUUUCAGUUGCUCAUUACUUAAAACAAUUAAAUAAUUUUGAUGGAAUGAAAGCAGUAUUAGCUGGACUUGAAUCAUGUAGUAUUUAUCGAUUAAAAGAGAGUUGGGGGUUAUUAAGUAUUGAUGAAAUUAAUUUAUUUAAACAACUGGACUCUCUUAUUUCUCCUGAUAAUAAUUUUUGUAAAAUGAGAGAAUUAGUUAAAUUAGCAUCUCCUCCAUCUAUUCCCUUUAUUGGGUCAAUACUUACUGACUUAGUUUAUACUGAUGAUGGGAAUAAGUCUAAUGAAGGAAAGAUGAUUAACUUUUAUAAAGUCCGGAGUAUUGGAAUUAUAUUGAUGGAUUUACAAACAAGGCAAAAAGCAACUUAUCCUUUUACUCUUGUUCCAAAAGUUUUAAAGUUUUGGUGUUGUAAUGAAAAAAGUAUUAAUGAAAAUGAAUUAUUUAAUCUUUCUCAAGAACUUGAACCAACUCAAACACAAUCAGAAAUAAGUAAAGAAAAGAAAAAAAUCCUUGAAAAAUCAAGUAAACGAUAUGAGUUUUUAUGGAAAUCAUUUACUAAAGCUGUUCAUGAAAAAGAAUAA